GCAGUCCAACACUUUUUGGGACCUCUAGAAAUUCGCACGGAUUUAAAGGGAGCCGACGUAUUUGGCGAUGCGGUCGCAGCCUUGAAGGCCUUUGAAAGGUUCCACAGAGGGCAUUGCGGGCCGCGCGAGUCGAGCACUCCCACCCCUCAGGCUUCAUGCUUAGAGAAGCUGGAGGGGUCUCUUGCGCAGCAUGCAGCUAACGGGGGACCGGCGAACGCUACACAGCAGCUUCUGCCAAUCCUCAGUCUCACCUGCCGCUACAGGGAGCAGAUGGAGCACUGGCUAUCUGCGGGCCCCGAAGAAGUAGAAAGUCUCGCGUUUCUCCUAGGCCGUGCAGUUAUCAUUGGUUCCCCCGCAGCAAGUCUUGUUUAUGCAGAGAAGGAGGGACAGGACGAAGGCUCACAGCCACAGGAGCAACAGCAGCAGAACCAGCAGGAACAACAGCAGCCGCAACAGCAGCAGCAUCAACAUCAACAACAGAAACAAAACUCAGGUUUGCUGCCCAACGAAUUGGCCCUCUACAAGUUGCAGCGAGACCUGGCUCUUUUGCCGGAGCUGGCCGUUGAACUGCACAUUGGACCUGAGGAGGCCCCGAGUCUCAUUUCCCCAUCAUUACAGAUGACGGCCUUGGACGUUCAAACAGUUGAGGACCUUCGUCCCUUCAUGCCUGACGAUUAUCCUCUACCAACCGACUUGGAAGCCAGCGCAAGCGCACAGCAGCCUAAUGACGGCAGCAAACGAAGCCCCCGGAAUAGUCGUAAGAGAGAGAGUGGUGCAGCCCCAGAAAGCGGUGGAGGAGGCGAUUAUCUCCUGGAUUGCGCGCAUCGGAGGUCUGCCCCUGUCAGUGUCUGGUUGGAGAACCUCAGGGCCUUCUGCGUCAAACCCAGAGAUCCAGCAGGCGCAGAUGCUUGCGAAGUUUUGAAACUAUGGUUAUUAGGGCCAGGGGAACAGCAGGGACCCCAGAGCGAUGCAGAAAGUCCCAGGUCAAUAGCAGCCCUUCCUGCACUCAUUCGCGUUGCAGAGUGGAAUACACAGAAACCAAAAUCGACACUGAAAAUCCCCGAACUCGAUAUUGCCCUCGAGCCGCUCCACUUGAGGCCAGGCGCAACUGGUCGAGACGAGCUGGAGAAGGCCCAAGCUUUCAACUUAGUUGGAGGCAUUUACGCAGGGAGAGGAACGGUGAGACAUCAGCGGCCGUCUGAACGUGCUGCGUGGCAGCGCAUCUUUUCGGCUCUGAAGGUACUGAGGGACGUGGAAUGCAGCGAUCUGUUCGGGUAA